AUGAAGAUUUUAUAUCUCUGUGUGUUAGCAGCAUGUGCGUGGACGUCUGAGUCACUCAUACGUAUACCCCUCACAAAGUGUAACUCCUUGAGACAAUCUAUGUCUGACUCAGAGAGGGAUUUCAGUCGUUUAUUCCAUGAUUCCUACUCCGACAACUUUGACGACGAUGACGCCAGUGGGUCCAGCAAAGUGGCUCUGAGGAACUAUGUUGAUGCUCAGUUCUAUGGAGAGAUUCGUUUAGGAACCCCACCUCAAAUGUUCAGGGUGACCUUUGACACUGGAUCCAACAAUCUCUGGGUGCCUUCUUCCAAGUGUUCCGUCACUGACAUCACAUGCUUGAUUCACUGGAAAUACAAUGAUACCCAGUCCAGCACAUAUGUCAAGGGUGGAAGAAAGUUUUCAAUGCAUUAUGGACUGGGAAGUGUAACUGGGUACCUCAGCCAGGAUACGUGCAUAAUUGGAAGUGUAUCCGUAAAAGAUCAGGUGUUUGGUGAGGCCGUCAAGAUAUAUGGAGCGAACUUCGUUGGUGCUAAGUUCGAUGGAGUUCUGGGAAUGUCUUACCCAACAAAUGAUGCCAUGAGCCCUGUCUUUGACAACAUAAUGAAAGAGAAGCUGUUGGCGGAGAAUGUUUUCUCCUUCUACCUCAACCACAAGAUCUCCUCCAACCAGCCAGGGGGACAGCUAAUGCUGGGAGGGACUGACCCUGCAUACUACACCGGGGACUUCCACUAUGUCAACAUCACCACAAAGGACCUCUGGAACAUCCACAUGGACGGUUUGAGCGUUGGAGAGGAUGUCAAGCUGUGUAAAGGUGGCUGUGAGGCCGUGGUGGACACUGGCACCUCCCUGAUCCUAGGUCCCUAUGAUGAGAUCAGUGCUCUGCAGAAGGCUGUAGGAGCUGUGCCCUGGAACCGUGGAAAGUACACGGUUGACUGUGAGAAAGUGUCCUCCCUCCCCAGUGUCUCCUUCACUGUCAGUGGAAAGGUCUACCCUCUGACUGGAGAACAGUAUAUUCUCAGGUGGACUACGAAGGGCAAGAAAGUCUGCCUUUUAGGAUUUUUCCCCUCAAGCUUCCCUGGCUGGACCCUGGGAGAUAUCUUCAUUGGAGCUUACUACACAGUCUUUGACCGGGACAACGAUAGGGUGGGAUUUGCCAAAGCAAUAUAA